AUGGGACAUUCCGCCGAGACAACGACCCAGAAACCCAUCCUCAUCAUAGGCGCCGGUGUCAGCGGCCUGCUCCUGGCCCAGUACCUGCGCAAGACGGGCCUGGCGCCGUUCCGCAUCUUUGAGCGGGACGCCGACCUGACCACCCGCGGGCUCGGCUGGGGGCUUACCCUGCAUUGGUCGCUCCCGGCGCUGCAGUCCCUGCUGCCCGAGGACCUGGUGCGGCGGCUGCCGGAGGCUUACGUCGACCGCCUUGCCGUCGAGGAGGGCCGGCCCUCGACCUUUCCGUUCUAUGACCUCAGCACCGGCGAGCUCAUAGCCAAGACACCGGCCGCUUCCGAGUCGCAGCGGAUCAGGGUUACCCGCGACCGGUUGCGGCGGCUGUUUGCCACGGGACUGGAUAUUCAGUGGGCCAAGGCUGUCAACAACGUCCAGACUGCCCCAGACGGAUCGGUCACAGCCAGCUUCGACGAUGGCACUUCUUGCGAGGGCAGUCUCGUUGUGGCCUGCGAUGGCAGCAGCUCGCGCAUCCGCGGCAUGUUGUUUCCAGACCAGCAAAGGUACCGGAUCCCCGUGAGGUUGUUGGGCGUCAAGAUCGACUGCACCGCGGACGAGAUUGAGCCGCUGAAGCAACUCGACCCCUAUUUCCUCCAGGGGGCCGCCUCUCAGAACGACUCGUUCAUGUAUUUCAGCGUCCUCGACGCCCCCGGGAACAAUCGGGAUGGCAACGGCGGCAAGUACGUCUGUCAGAUGGUCAUCUCGUGGCCGGUCCGUGGUGGAUUCUUCAACCAGGCGACACCCAUCAGCUUCCCGGACACAAACGAGGGCGGCAUCGAGCUGAUCAAGACGUUCGCCGAGACAUGGGUCGAGCCGUUCCGGACUCUCGCCCGCCGCAUCCCGAGCGACACCGAGGUCAAGGCCCUCGAGCUGUACGACUGGCCGCCGCCAACGGGGCUUCGCACCACAGGCCACGUGGCGCUCGUCGGCGACGCCCUCCACCCGAUGACCAUGUACCGAGGCGAGGGCGCUAACCAUGCCAUCGUCGACGUCCUCGACCUGGUGGAUCUGGUCAUCCCACAGCUGCUGCCUUCUGGCGAGGAUUCCGUGAGCUCCCUUGCAGUUGGGGGCCUCCGAGCAGCUCUCAAUCGUUACGAGGACAGGGUCGUGGCCAGGACGCGUCCGGCCGUCUUGGCGUCGCGGCAGGCAUGCGUCGAUGCCCACCAGUGGAACAGGAUCAACGACAAGAGCCCGCUGCUGAGCCGGCGGAUGAUGAACUUGGAUUUUGAUGAGAGUGAUUUAAGCUUGUGA